AUGGCAACGCGACAACAACCGGAUAUAAAUUCGCGUCUCCACACGUCGCGGCCCUUGGCAGAUACUCUCGAUAGAAAUAUACAAGUGGCAAAUAAUGGCGCCACGACGAUUACGAGGGUGGGGGGGGAGGAAGCGUCUGUCGUGCCAAGAGUGCAUUGGCAGGGCUCUGCCACUCCAGCCCAUGGGUCUGGCAAAAUCUACCAUAUGGAAGAUCUGGUCAGAAACGACCUGUCAGAA